AUGAAACGUUUUAUUGAGGGAAGGGAGACGGUGAAAGAUGAUGAUAGAUCUGGGUGCCCGCUGAACGUUAGUACCGAGAUAAACGUGUCUAAGGUUGAACAAUAUGUAAUGAAAGAUCGAAGAGUUACGAUUAGGGAAAUAGCUAAUGAUCUUAGCAUGUCUUAUGGAACAGUUCAAGAGAUUUUAACGAGUAAGCUUAACAUGCGGCGAGUUUGUGCGAGUUGGGUCCCUCGCCUCCUUCUGCCAGAGCAAAUAAGGGUGAGAGUGAACGCGUGCCGGUCCUACGUUAGUGAAUAUGAAAAAGAACAAAAUUCUUUCAUAAAUAGAAUCAUCACAUGUGAUGAAACUUGGGUACAUUUCUAUGAGCCAGAAAUUUUGAAAGAUUACCUACGGGGAGAAAAAUAUGAGUCCCGGGAAGAUCUUGGUACUGCUGUAAACAAGGUGCUAAGGGUCAUGUCACGUGAUGGCAUAGAUAAUGUGUUUUGCGCAUGGGCAGACCGAUGGGAAAAGUGCAUAAAAAGCUAG